UAAGCUGGACUGUAGACACCCGGCGCUACAGUUUAGCUUGGGAACUACUGCUGGCAUUAGGCCGGUGUCCUGGCGCUAACAUGGCGGCUCCCUUGGUGCUGGUGCUUCUGGUGGCCGUGACAGUUCGGGCCGUGCUUUACCGUUCCAGCCUGGCCGGGCUCAUCUCCGAGAGAGUGGAGGUGGCGUCCCCUUUAAAUGCCUGGAAGCGAGUGGUAGAGGGGCUUGCCUUACUUGACUUGGGCAUAUCUCCAUAUUCUGGAGAUGUAUUUCAUGAAACUCCACUGAUAAUAUACCUCUUUCAUUUCCUGAUUGAUUAUGCUGAACUGGUAUUUAUGAUAACAGAUAUAUUGACUGCUGUAGCCCUCUAUUUGGCCAUUCAGGAUUACAACAAAGUUCUGUUUAAAAAGCAAAAACUUCUAAUAGAAUUGGAUAAAUAUGCAUCUGAUGCGACUGAGCUUAUCCAGACCCCCAUGGAAAUGUACUAUAUCCCUCUCAAGGUAGCACUGUUUUAUCUCUUAAAUCCAUAUACUGUGAUGUCUUGUGUUGCAAAGUCCACCUGUGCCAUCAACAAUACUAUCAUCGCAUUCUUCAUUUUGGCAACAAUAAAAGGCAGUGCCUUCCUCAGUGCUGUAUUUCUAGCCUUAGCAACGUAUCAGUCCUUGUACCCUCUCACGUUGUUUGCACCAGCCGUUCUGUAUUUAUUGCAGCGUCAGUUCAUACCAGUGAAAAUGAAAAACCAAGACUUCUGGCUUUACACUGUGCAGUAUGCUGGGCUGUAUUUGGGAAGUCUGAUAGUAAUUAUUUGCCUCUCAUUCUUCCUUCUCAACUCUUGGGAUUUUAUUCCAUCUGUUUACGGUUUCAUUCUUUCCGUUCCAGACCUGACACCCAACGUUGGCCUCUUCUGGUACUUCUUUGCUGAAAUGUUUGAGCACUUCAGUCUCUUUUUUGUGUGCGUCUUUCAGAUCAAUGUCUUCUUCUACACCAUUCCUUUGGCGGUGAAACUAAAGGAGCACCCCAUGUUCUUCAUGUUUGUUCAACUUGCCAUCAUUUCCAUCUUCAAGUCCUACCCAACUGUGGGAGAUAUUGCGCUCUACAUGGCCUUCCUUCCGCUCUGGAGCCACCUGUAUCAAUUCCUACGGAAUGUCUUCAUCCUUUCCUGUGUACUCAUUGUCUGCUCCCUACUCUUCCCGGUUUUAUGGCAUCUCUGGAUUUAUGCUGGAAGUGCAAACUCCAAUUUUUAUUACGCCAUUACAUUGACAUUCAACGUAGGACAGAUCUUGCUCAUCUCAGAUUACUUCUACGCCUUCCUGCUGAGGGAGUACUACCUCACUCACGGAAUCUACUUAAUAAGGAAAGAGAGGACAGACCCCAUGCUGGUUCUCAAAUAAAACGGGCAUCUGACCUCGCUUGGGGAACAGACUUCUAUGAGAAACAUACAAUAUGUGGGUGGGUGGGUCUGGCUUUUGGGAAGAUGCCUUUUUGCAUAUGGAGAAAGGGUUGCAGUUGGUCUGGGAGUAGCCUUAUUAAUGCUGGUACAGAGUUGGGCACAAAGAGCACGCGGACAGGUUGGGGAGUGUGCCUUGUGGCCCAUUGCCCCAUUUGAAGCUUCUCCCUCCAACCGUCUUGCUGCUGUGAACCUCGGUCAUCAGCUCCAGGUGAUGUAUCAGGACAUGGUGAAAUACAUUUAGACUGAAACCAACGUGGGCUUUGCACCCAGAGAGAGACAAGGCCAUGAUGGUAACUUCUGGAACGCUGCUGGGAAUUUUUCUCUUUCCGGAAAGCAAUAGCUUCCAUAAGUGUUUAUUUGGCUGAUCUAGAUGCCCUGCUUCCAUUGCUUGAAUUGACGGCUCACCUGCCUGAUGUGCAGAGGAUCCUUGAAAAACAGGCAGCUACGCUUAUAUUCUUGGACAUUAUUUCUCUUUGCACUGAUGUUGGAAAUUGGGAGGCUCCUGAAUGCUUUUUGUACAGUUUUGUGCUCUAGAGAAAUGGUAGAUUUAAUGUGAUCCUUCAGAGUGGAGCUGCUGACAGAACCAGCUUGGGAGACAUGAGAAGUUGAGUUCAGAAUUCUUUGGUACAAAUGGCAGAGGGCAGUUGAGGGGGGGAUCAUCAGAACUGGCUCACUUUUCUUGAAGGGGAGAGAAUGCCCAUCCCUACAGAAGUGCAACGGUGUCCUUUUGUGUGUGCUUUGAGAGAAGAGAAAUGAAAAUUAGUGCAACAUAGAGGACCCAGAGUGGGAGGCAUAUGGACCAGAGUGGUGGGGGGCACACAAUCAAACUAUUGGAUACAUAGGAAAAUUCCUCCAACUUCUACCCCUUUUAUUUUGGGAGCAUAGCAUGUGUUCUCAGAUCUCUGGGAUUUUGUGACAAAGGCCAGAAGGUACAGAAGUUUGAGCAUCUCUCCAACUGGGAGCACCAUUUCUUUUCCAUGGGAUGUUUGGGCCUCACAAUUGUUAUAACAUAAAUUCUACCCAAAGUGUUACUCUUGAGUAAGAGAAGCAGUAAAAUGUGACUGUAUUAGAAACGUGGCUAUGCAAAAAUGGCUGUCCCAUCCCACUCACUGUUAGUGCUGCGUGUUCAGUCAGAUCUCCCUCCAGUAACCAAGAUACUGAUAUUUGUGUUUGUUUGCUGAUCACUACUAUUUUUAACUGCUCAAACUCAACACAACUACAUCUGGUUUCUUCCUCUGACUUCUACUUUAUCAACAGUGUGGUUUUCUCACAGAGGAAUCAAACGGGACCCAUCCAAAGCCCCAAAGACACCCAGAUACAAACCACCCCAUCCUUUUAUCUGUGAGCAGAAGAGAUUAGACUUUGACCCACUGAAUUUACAGUUAAAUGGGUCCUCUGCCUUUUUUUGCAAAGCUACUCGCAAGGCAUAGCCUCCUUCCUCUUAUAAAUUGAUUUCUUAUUAAGCAGUCUUUCAAAAGGGUUUUAAACAAAAAAAAUAAAGAAAAAUCUCGCCUUAU